AUGUCACCUUAUCGCUUGGUAUUUGGGAAGGCUUGUCAUUUUCCCAUGGAGCUUGAGCAUAGAGCAUAUUGGGCAGUUAAGAAAUUUAAUGUGGAUCUGUGUAAGGCUAGAGAAAAUAGGCUCAUAGAGUUAAAAGAAUUGAAUGAAUUCUGUAAUGACACCUAUGAGAAUGCGAAGAUAUACAAGGAGAAGACCAAGGUAUUUCAUGACAAGCAUAUUCUUCACAAGGACUUUCAACCGGGGGAUAAAGUGCUGUUAUAUAAUUCAAGGUUGAAGUUGUUUCCUAGCAAGCUGAAGUAUAGAUGGUCAGGACCUUUAACAGUGGUCAUAGUGUUCCCGUAUGGUACAGUGCAAGUUCAUAGUGAAAAGACAGGACACUUCAAGGUGAGCGACCAACGAUUAAAGUAUUACAUCGAGGGCAAAGUGGAGAAAGCUAAGUCUGUGGUGAUUUGA